AUGGACCUGCACAUCCUGGAGCACCGGGUGCGGGUGCUGAGCCUGGCCCGCCGCGGGUGCAAGUUCUUCAGCCUGACGGAGACCCCCGAGGACUACACCAUCAUGCUGGACGAGGAGGGCUUCAAAGAGCUGCCGCCCUCCGAGUUCAUGCAGGUGGCAGAUUCGACGUGGCUGGUGCUCAGCGUCGUCUCCAAUGGCCGGGCGCCCUCCGGCUGCCAGGCCACCGGCGUCACCAAGAUCGCCAGGUCGGUCAUCGCGCCGCUGGCCGAGCACCACGUCUCGGUGCUGAUGCUCUCCACCUACCAGACUGACUUCAUCCUGGUGCGGGAGCGGGACCUGCCGGUGGUGAUCCACACACUGGCGGGGGAGUUCGACAUCUACAAGGAGGAGGGCGGCGAGUGCGUCCCUGUCACCUGUGAUGACGUGAGCAACGGCUUCCUCAAGCCCAAGCAGGCCGCCAGCCCCACGCUGCACCCCGUGCAGAGCCCCCAGACCCGCUUCUGCGUCCUGACCGUGGCCCCCGACACGCUGCCCGCCAUCGCCACCAUGCUCAUCGACGUCCUCUUCUACUCCCACAGGUGGGUCCCAGGGAUGGGGACGGUAUGGUGGCCCCUCACCCAGUGUCACCUCAACCACAGUGACACCUCCCUCCCCUCGCUCCCAGUGGCUUUUCAAGCUCUGGGUGUAUUUUGCGAACUGCCCCCCAACCCAGUGGCUGUAUGA